AUGGCGGAAGUCGUCGGCGUGGUCGCCGCGGCAUUUCAAUUUGCCGAACUUGCGCAAAAGCUCAUUAAGCUUGCCCGUGAGAUUCAUUCAGGGGCCGAGCCGGGCGUGGUGCAUCGCAAAAUCACGCAACUCGAGACGCUCGUCGAAAUUGCUGGGAAAAUAGCAAACUUGUGGAUCCAGGACGAUGCCUUGAUGGAGAGAAUCUUGCAACAAUGCAUCUCCACGGUCACCGAUCUUGAUAAUCGACUCAGACGGGUCGAUGUCGCCAAAGGCGAUGGCUUUCGGAAGAAGACUCGAAAGGCUUUCUUGGCCCAAUGGGAGAAGGAUGACGUCGAGGAGCUGUUCCGACAGUUAAACCGGGAUCAAAUGGCACUGCUCUUGCACCGCAACUUCUCAUCUGACAAUCAAAGUCACUUGAUCCAGAAGGUCAUAGAUGGCAUGCGCCAAGUCCUUGACGACCGGCUUCAAUACUCAAACCCCCAGGGCGAGGAUGAACGUUGCUUCUUGAAGGGCGUAUUUGUCACCGACCCUAGGGAUGACCGAAACGCUCUGCUUACACGCAAGGGCCGCCGCGUCGAGGGAACCUGUGUUUGGGUGACCGAAACAGAUGUCUAUCGUUCGUGGCUUUCGUCUACGCCCGGGUCUACAGGACUGAUGCUUCAGGGCGGUCCGGGCAAGGGAAAGACCAUGAUGGCCAUCUACCUGACGGAACAGCUGGAGCUUCUGGCGGGUCGCGGCGAAUCCGUUCUCUACUUCUUUUGUGAUAACCGCAACCCAAAACAGAACAAUGCGAUGGCCGUUGUUCGCUGUCUUUUGUGGCAACUCUGCCGCCUUAAACCAGCCUUACUGUGCCAUGGGAUAAGGGAGCUACAAGAGAGAGGGGGCAGUAUUAACAAUCUUCUGGUGUUUGAUACACUCUGGCGAAUCUUCGACACGAUGCGGAAGGAUGCAAAUGCUGGCACAGUAACUUGCGUCAUCGACGGGCUCGACGAAUGCGAUGAGGAUUCUGUUUUCCUUAUCCUCGACAAGCUCUGGCGCCUGGACUAUGAUCCUCGCUUCAGAUUCUUGGUUCUCUGUCGGCCCCUCAAACCACGACAGCAGCUUCCUGCAGCCAACCCGUCUGUCGACAUACUCCGCCUAGAUCCCGAUGCAGACGAGGAAGUCAAUCGCGAUGUUUUCGAGUUCAUUCGGCAGCGAGUGCAAGAGAUCGCCAACUCGUCCCCCGAGCGAAAAUGGCCCGAGAAAUUACGCCUCCAUGUUGAGGCCACUCUGCAGAGGAAGGCUGGUGGUACCUUUCUCUGGGUGGGUUUCGUGACACAGGAUUUGCAACGAAAGACAAGCACGGAGGUCAGGCAAAGCCUUAAGUCGCUCCCUUCAGACUUGAACGAGAUCUACGACAGAAUCCUGAAAGACGUGCCGGCUGAAUAUCGCGCCCAGAUCCGAUCACUCCUCCACUGGGUCAGCUUGGCAGCAUACCCAUUGGAGCCCGCAGAUCUUGCUAGCCUUAUCCAUAAACCUGGGAACGCAGGAAAUGCUACCAAUUCAGAGCCAGAGUCGGACGCAGAACUAUACCUGGAAACUGAAGAAGAAUUGUUGCAACACUAUCUAGAUUUUGUUCGCCACUUUGUCUUUAUUUCUCAAGGAAAAGUUCACUUCGUCCACCAAUCUGCCAAGGAUUAUCUCUUGCGAAGCAGUCGCGAUGCUGACCCUACUGUGGAGUAUUUUCGGAUCGCCGACCUCGAAGUUGCCCACGAAGAGCGAGCACGCGACUGUCUCGACUGCCUACACCGUCAAUGGCCCAUUCAAAUAGAAGAUUUCGACACGGUGGGCCGAAAGUACUCGUUCUUAAAAGCCUCUGCUUACUGGACACGCCACAUUGGACGCAAAAAAUACGGAAGCGAGGCCGUGUCUCAGGAGGAAGGCCUUCUCGUCGAGGCUAUCCGCCAUGACGAUAUCCCAGAUAUUGAUUUCGGUCGGCUCUCCGGCGCUCUCCUGGCCGUCACCACCGAUGCCCGCGCAUACUUCGGCAGAGAACUCGACCAGGCACUUAUUGAAGCCGCAAAGCUUCCUGGCGUCACUGACAUGGUCCAGAUUCUCGUCAACAAAGGCGCAGACCCCAACGCAACUGACAAGAAGGGCAAUACUGCUCUUCAUUACUUAGCCAAGCGAACUGACCCCAGUGGGAUCGAAGCAGCUCGCUUCCUGCUCUCUCAAAGCAAUGGCCCUAUCAGACCUGAUUCUGGGAACGAAAACGGCAAUUCAUCCUAA